ACCCUUAUGUAACUUUGUAUUCAACAAUAUAUAUUUUCUGUUUCUUUCUUUCUUUCUUUCUUUCUUGGUGGGCGUUAUUCACCACCUAAUCUAACUCUCUUCGCUUCCUUCCAAACCCUAGGAUUCUGCAAAAAAACUUCAUUUCAAUCUGAAUCUGUAAGAGCAGGAAUCGGAUAUCAAAGAGCUGGGAUAAAAUGACAAUUGUGGAGGACCCGAAUCCAGAGCUUGCGUCUGAUUUGUCUACUAUUUCUCCGCCGAAUUCAUAUGGAUCUGUUGUUCUAGGUGGCACGUUUGAUCGCUUACAUGAUGGUCAUCGACUUUUCCUCAAGGCAGCUGCGGAGUUGGCUAGGGAUCGAAUUGUUGUUGGUGUUUGUGAUGGACCUAUGAUUUCCAAGAAACAGUUUGCAGAUCUUAUUAUGCCUAUUGAAGAGAGAAUGAAAAAUGUUGAAGAUUACAUUAAGUCUAUCAAGCCUGAGCUGGUAGUACAAGUUGAACCCAUUACAGAUCCUUACGGUCCUUCAAUUGUAGACAAAGAUCUUGAGGCUAUUGUUGUCAGCAAGGAGACGCUACCUGGUGGAUUAUCGGUCAACAAGAAGAGAGCCGAGAGAGAGCUGUCACAACUAAAGAUCGAAGUUGUGAAUCUGGUAUCUGAAGAAUCGAGUGGAGAAAAACUGAGUUCGACAACACUUAGGAAGCUUGAGGCUGAGAAAGCUGGAAAAGUUUAGCCUGCCUUAACCGGUAUACACGUAUAUUGUGCUGCUGAUACAAAGUAUCCGUAUACUUUCGGGUUUCUAGCUUCACAAGUUUGUCGUGAUUUUCAAUGCACCUAUACGUUUUUGUUGAAUAAAAGUGUGUAUAGAAAGCGUAUGUUGGACAUUGUAUACUCUUGUCAUCUUGUAUACAUGAAAUACUUUUACAAUGGUAGUUUGUUCGCAAGAAGAAAGCAGUUUUUACGCAACAAGCACCGUUUUAAUUA